GAUCAGUCGACAGUUGUUGCGUACCUAAUGUAGUAGUAUAUUACUGUAUUAUGCUCCGCGGCCAGUGUGUAACGAUGUGUCGUUAGUUUAUUUAUGAUAUCUACGUAAAUACUUAAUAUCUACUUUAUUUUUUGAAACUAUUAAUUCUUACCACAUAUCAUACGCCGAGUAAAUUGGUUUGAAAACCUUAUCGAGUGCAAUUGAUAAAGAUAAGUGAUAAUAUGUGUUGAAGGUGGGGAAGAGCUUUUAACAUGGACAGGCCCAAGAGGCCUUUAUUUUCGUUAAAAACGACGAAAAAAGAUGAACCAUCGUCACAAGAUAAGGUGCCUACGAAAAAAUCUUUCAAGGAUAAAGUAGAUUUUUUUGAAAAGUCUACCGAUUCUAAAGAUAGUCAAGAUGCUGCUGUUGGUGGAGAGGGAUUACGUGAUGGGUCGGGUGAUGAAACAUUUGAACAAGUACUCGAAGAACGCGAUGUAUACACAAAAGAUGGCCGGAAAAAAGGCAAAAUGGUCAUCGUGAAUAUGAUAACAGUACACAAAAGUGUAAAAACUAUUAGUACCCCUGAAGCGAGUACCCCCGUUGCCAAACAUUCGUUAUCAUUUGAUCGAGAAGGUUCAAUGAGCAGAUCUUCAUCCAGAGAUAGUCUUUCAUCCCCAAAUACUUGGAGAAAAUCGUUCGUCGGUACUCGGUCACAAUUCGACUUACAUAUUGAAGAAAUAAAAAACGAACAGGAGAGAGUGCAGAAGAAGACCUUUGUUAACUGGAUAAACUCAUAUUUAAGCCAAAGGAUACCGCCACUGAAAAUUGAUGAUUUGAUCGAAGAUCUUAAAGAUGGUACUAAAUUACUUGCUUUGUUGGAAGUUUUAUCAGGAGAAAGAUUGGCUAUUGAGCGUGGUCGUAACAUGAGGAGGCCGCAUUUUUUGAGUAAUGUAAAUUCUGCAAUACAAUUUUUACAAAGUAAACGGAUCAAAUUAGUAAAUAUAAAUUCUGCUGAUAUUGUUGAUGGGCGACCUCCUAUAGUAUUAGGGCUCAUUUGGACUAUAAUUUUAUAUUUCCAGCUUCGUAAAACUGGAAUUACUGUUACAAAUAAUGACAUUGAAGAAAAUACAAAAGGACUCUCGUCAUUGAACUACUCUUUUAGUGGAAGUACGAGUAGCUUGGAAAGUAUUCGAUCUCCUACAAUGGAAAUCAACCGGAAAGCAGAUGGUGCUAAAAAAACACUGUUAAAGUGGGUUGGAACGGUAAUACCAAAGGAAAGUAAUAUAAAAGUAAAAGAUUUUGGACCAAGUUGGAGAGAUGGUAUAGCUUUUCUAACCAUUAUAGAUACUAUACAAACAAAUUUAAUUGAUAUAACUACUUUGAAAAACGAAACAAACCGUACCAGACUAGAAACUGCAUUUAAUGUCGCUGAACAAGAUUUAGGAAUUACUCGUUUGUUGGAUCCAGAAGAUGUCGAUGUAGAUCGGCCGGACGAAAGAUCGGUUAUGACAUAUGUAGCGCAAUUUGUGCAUAAAUAUCCUGAAGUUCGAAGUGAAAGUGGUGAAUCAAUCGAUAAAAUUCAGAAAGACUAUAAUCUUCUUUUAACGUGGUUAAUGGAAAAAACUCAAUACCUGUCUUGGUCUCAAAAUUUAUCUCAAGAUUUUUUGGAAUUUUCAACUGCCCAAGAUGAAAUUGUUUCUAUGAGUCAUUUAUAUAACAGGCUAAAGAAAAUCUGUAAUUCUGGUUCGUCAAUUGGUAUUUCGGUACAAUCCUGGAAAGAAUUAGAAAAACUAUGGACGUUAUUAGAUAAUCUAAUGAAAAAUUGGCAAUGGCAGUUAGACCUCUAUUUACCAGAACCAUUUAAAGUAAUUGGAGAAUGGAUUACAAAAGCUGAGCAACUCAUAAACGAUAAUAAUAUCCCAACUAUUAUGAAUGAGGAGACUGCUGUUAUAAUUAGUAAAAAACUGGAAGAUCAUAAAACAUUUUUUGCUGAUUUACCUGAAGUUCAACAAAAAUUCAAUGAUUUAUUGGUUAGAACUAAAAACCAAAACAAAGAAGUGAAUGAUCUAUCAAGACGUCUGGAUAGUAUCGAAGUAGAUUCACAUAAACGUCGAACUCAUCUAAAAUUUUUAGAACACAAGUGUUGUUUGAUUGCAUUUUUAAAUUUGACUGAAAAUAAACUAAAAGCAUGGACUGUUAAAUAUGGCCGUCAUCAGGAUGUUUUGCAGCUUCUCGAAAGAUACAACAAUUUCGUUAUAGGAAAUAAUAUAUUUCAAGAAUUUAAUAAAGCAUUUAUAGAUAUGCAAAAUGUCGUACAAGAAUAUAAACAUGAAUGCCGUAUAGAGUAUAAAGAGACAAUUGCAAUUGAAAAAUUCAUGAGACAGACUGCUGAACAAUGGAAAAGUAUUGCAAUGGAGCUGAGAUGUGCACAAAGUAUGCUUGAAGAAGUAAUUUCAUAUUGGAGACGAUGGAAAUCAUUAUCUGAAGAUAUGAAAGCAUGGUUAGGGGAUGCUGUUAAAAAAAUUAAUUUGCCACACGAACAACGGAUUGAUUUUUUCCAGGAUAUUGGUGUCUGGAAGGAAAAAUAUGAAUUACUUAAUGAUACUGUAAGUUUUUUAAUUGCAACAUGUGAAGAUUUAAUUUGUAUUGAAUUAAAGCAAGAGUUCCAAAGUAUUACAACUACGUGGGAAAGUAUAUUUUUGAAAGCUAAAGAUUAUAUGCACUCUGGUGAUAUGAUUAGAAAUCGUAAAGAAUUUUUAGAAGGAUUGGACACAUUACACAAAUGGAAUAUAAGAGCAGAACAAAUUAUGUCAUCAAUACAUUUAAGUUCGUCCCAAAAAAUUAAAGAUUACUUAAGUGACAUCCAAAAUCUUCAAACACAAUUAGAUCAAAUGGAUGAUCUUUUUAAGACAAUCAGUAAAAAAUUUCAAGUGCUAAUAAAAGAUUUAACAAGAGAUGAAGUCAAUGAGAUGAUGUUAUGUGUUAAAAAAGAAAAAGAAUCUCUUGUCAAUAUUAGAGCAAGCAUUCCUGUACAAUUAAAUGCUCUUCAUCAUAUGCUUGUUCAGUAUGAUGCUCUUGAGACAGGUCAACAAGAAAUAAAUCAUUGGUUAAAUAAUUGUGAAGAAUUUUUAUCCACAUUAAAAUUAAGUAAAAGUCAAAAAGAAUUACAUGGAGAUAUUGAAUAUUUAAAGAGCAUUAUAAUACGCAUGUCGUAUUACCAGUCUAUGUUAUCUAGCAAAAAUAAAAUAUUCCAAAGCAUUAUUAAAUCAAUUCAACCAGAGAAAGAUCAAGGAAAUAAUUCAGAGUUUGUACAAACAAUGGCUGACUUGAACGCUAAAUUUUCUAGAAUAACUCAAGAAUGUCAACAGUGGGAUAUGAAAUUACAACAAACUUUAAGAUGUUGGCAUAAUUUUAUCGAAAUAGAAAAAGUUAUACUAGACUGGAUUGAGACUAGUAAACAAAUAUUUUUAGAGGAACAGACAAGUUCAAGACAAAAUUUAGAAUCUCAAAAAGGGUAUUUUGAAUAUUCAAAUAAUAAUAAAUGGAUUGCUGAGUUAGAAAAUGUUGAAGGUGAAUUACUUAGGUGUAUUUUACCAAGUGAACAAGAAACAAUAAAACAUAGAUCUAAAGCAAUAAAGUUAAAAUAUCAAGAAUGUUUGAGUAUGGUCCCCGCGUACAUGAAAAGAGUUGAAUUUAAACUGAAUGAAAUUACAUUUAAUCAAUGUAUAAAUGAAGCAGAAAAAGAACUUAACAUUGAACAACAAAUGCUUAGUAGAAAUGAAAAUAUCAACUUAAUACUAAGAAGGAACAUUGAAUACUUUGAUAAUGGUAUGAUUAUUAAAGAACUAAAAUCAUGUUUAAAUAAUAUGUCUGUCGAAAGUAAAAAAAUAUCAAAUCCAUCUAUUGAUUCAAGUCUAAACAAAUCAAUCAAUCGAUUUGAAAGCAUAGAAAAAAGAACUGCGGAGAUGAGACAAAAAUGUAAACAAAUACCUAAUCAACUUGAAGAUUAUAAAUCUAAAUUUAAUAAUCUAGAAAAAUGGAUGAAUGCAGUUGAUGUAAGCGUUGAGAGAUUAUUAAAAGGACUUUUAAAUGAUGAAGAAUUUGAAAUUGAAAAAUCUAUUUUCCAAGAAAUUUGUCGUGAUGUAGAUAGUAAACGCGAUGAUAUGAAAUGGAUGGUUCAAGUACUAGAUAGUCUAUUACCUUAUGUAUCUGAAAAACAGCAACAAGUAGAACAAAAAAAUCUUGAAGAAUUAAUUGGUCGAUAUAAACAUUUAAUACCAACCAUUGACAUGACAAUAACUAAAACUGAGAUGUAUACCAAAUGUUUUGUAUACAAAAAAGAAGUUACAGAAAUUGGAAAAAUAUUAGAAAAAGCCAAAGAUGAACAAUUACUUAAUAAAGGGGAAUCACGGGAUGAUUUAAGUGAACUCAUUAAAAAUCAGGAACAAAUAAUUGAAAAACUUGAUAAACAACGAACAAUUGUAAUGUCAACAUUGCAGCGAGGAAAGCAGUUAGUGAAAAAUGCCUCUUCUGUGCCAAACUUUAUUCCUCAACUUGUUUCCAAAUUGGAAACAGAUUGGAGUUUUGUAUAUAAUGAUUCUAUUGAUAAAUUCAAUAAGUUAAAAAAUGCUCAAAGGUUAUUAAUAGAUUACACAAAAACUAAAAAUGAAGUAAUGGAAAUAAUUAAAAAAGCUGAAAAUGAAUUAAAAACAGUAUCUGAUGAUAAUAAACAUAACUCAAAAGAAAUUUCAAUGCAAUUAAGAAGUAAACAAGAACUAAGUCUUGCUUUGCGAGAAGCAGCUGAAAACAUGUUGAACAAAUUAAGAGAUAUAUCACAAAAUUUACAUAUUCCUGAAAAAGAAUUUGCAAUUGAAAAUGAAAUUAGUAUGAUAGAAAAUAAAUUAGUGGAAACAAUUCAAACAGUGGAUAAAGAAACACAGAGAUUAGAAAAGCUCUCAAUGAAACUAUGUGAAUUAGAUUCAGGAUUAAAUAAAAUACAUGUAUGGUCUGUUGAAUCAGCUCCUGCUGUUAUAGAAAGAAUACAACAAGAGCAAACAAAUCCUGAGAUUAAGGCUCGAGGAAUUGAAGAAGUUCAAGAUGAACUACAAAAACAGCGAAAUAGCUUAGAACGUUUAACAGAAGAUCUACAUAGUUUUGAAAAAGAAAGUGAUACGAAUGAAACACAAAAACUCAGACAAGAUUUGGAUGAAGUAAGAAUGUCCAUUUUAAAUUUAGAGUGUAACACUAAUCGUAAGAACGAAGAAAUCAAUAUUGAUCUUAAUGAGUGGCAAGUUCAUAAAGCUAAGUUAGAAGAAAUUAGACCUUGGUUAGAAAAUGUGGAAAAAAAAAUAAAUACCGAUCAUGUUAAACCAAUCACAUUGCAAAUGGCCAAUGAUUGGUUAAAAACUACACAAUUGAUCAACUUGGAGUGCCAAGAAAAAAUUGAAGAUCUUAAGUCAAUAACUUCUGAAAACAAAACUGCAGUUAUUUUAAAUGAAGUAGAUGCAAUUCAGUCCCGUUGUAUAUCUGUACAAUCAUCAGCAGUACAACAAACUACUCGUUUACAAAGAUUGUUAUGUAACUGGAAAGAAUUAAAUGAAAAAGCUCAAAAAAUAGAAGAAAAACUAAAUCAACCGUUGUUAUCUGAAUUAAAAGAAUUAAUUAUAAAUCAAUCAAUUUCCGAAGAUUUACUUGAAAAAAAAUUAAUGGAACAUAAGGCAUUAACUCAAGAACUUAAUGAAUGUCUAAGUGAAAUUUCUAGUCUUUCACAAAAUCUUAAUGGGCUAAACCAACAUUUUUCACUUGAAACUACUAGUGAUAUUAAGGAGAAGUUGUCUAUUUUAAAAGCCAAAAAUAAUGAAUAUUUAAAGCUAAUGCAUGAACAAAUGCAAACAAUUUCCAAUAUUAUUUCAGACAAAAAAGAACAUGAAAUCAAAGUAAAUACGUUUUGUGAAUGGUUAAAUGAAUUGGAUUCAAAAGUAAAUAAAUGCAAUAUUGUUCCAAGUACUUCAAUUGAAGAAAUAUUGAAAAAGCUUCACACGUUUACUGAAGAACAUAUGGAAAAACAGUCAUUAUUUACUGAAAUUGAAGAUGAUUUUAAACAUUUUAAUGAUAAUGCUUCAAUACAACAAUCAACUAUGCAAUUUAAAGAACUUCAAGAUUUAAUGCAAAAGAAAAAAAUUGUACUUGAAAAAACAAAUGAAUUUUUUAUCUGGAAUGAAACAUUAUUAGGAAAAUUGAAGCAUGCUGAAUUCCAAUUCGAUACAAAUCAAGAUAAAGUGAACUUAAUAAAUGAUAUAAGUGCUUGUUCUGAAGAAGUAGAAAUGUGGAAAAAUAAUAUAGAUUCAAUUGAACACUUAUUGCAACAAAGUAAAACUACUAUUCCAGGAUUAUCAGUUACAGAUCAAUUUAAUCAGUUAAAAUUGAAAUUGACACAAAUUCAGGAAAAACUCAAAGCAAGAGAAGAAAAUGAACAAAAAAUAAAAGAUUGUCAAAAAGUAGUCAGUGACAUAAAUAAUUAUUUAGUGAAACAAAUUAAAAUAGUAGGGAGUAAAGUUAAUGAUCAUGUAUUGACAUUAAAAUCAUGGACGGAUAUUGCUCUUAUAAUUCCAAAACUACACAAACUAAAAGACACAAGUGCUCUAUUUGAACAGCUAAAGACUCUGGAAAAAGAAGGUGAAAUAUUAACUCAGCUUGACAAAAGUAGCUCAUCUAUAUUUGUACAAAAUAUUUUAUUGGAUAUAAAUGCACAGUUGAUUAAUUUAAAAACUACAACUGAACAGUCAAUUGAAAAUUUAACAGAAUUGAACAAUAAUUGGUUAAUUAUGAACGAUAUUAAAAAUAAAAUUAAGACAACUAAAGAAGAAUGCAAAACUAUUUUAGAAUUGAUAGAAACUCCAAAUGAUUUAACUGAGGCUCAGGUAAUAGAAGAAAAGUAUAACAAAGCAUUAAAACAAAGUACAGCUUUAUUGGACGUAUUGCCUGCAGUAGAAGAAUCUGUGCAGAAAAUGGUAACAUUGGCUGAAAACUAUCCACAAUUAAAUGUUAAAAAGUUUAAUCAAACCUAUAAAAAAGACAUUGAGAGUUUGGAAAAAUAUCAUGCUGACCUCAAAGAAAAUUCUGAAAUUGCACAUUCUCAACAAGUUAUUUGGAAACAAGUGAACCAGACCAAAGAUAGUAUUUUACAAUGGUUAUCUGAUGUAAACAUUGAGCUUUUAGACUGCACAAAUAAUUUUGACGAUAUUGAAAAAAUUAAAAACAAGCUUGUUAAAUACGCAGAAGAAAAAGAACUUAAUUUAGAUUUAAAAGACAAUCUUCUUGAAAAAAUAAAUAAAUUACAAAAACUUAAUGGAAAUAAACCUAUUAUAACAUUAGAAUCAUUAAGUAUAUUGAUUAAUGAUCAGUUUACAGCUGUUGAAAGUAUUGCUUGUAAUUUAGUUCGUCUAAUUACUGCUUUUACUCAACGAGAAGAUGCGAUAAGGAGUGAAAUAAAAAAACGUACUUCUGAAAUUAAUCAAAUACGAGAAAAUGUUAGUAAAUGUGACAACUUAAAUAAUGAGUUAGAUACAUUAUUGGUUAAUUUAAAAUCUUGUCAAAAAUGCAAAACUGAAUUGAUUAAAAUGAAUCUGAACAUAGACACUGUUAAUCAUUCAGUAUCAGAAAUGACUGAAACUUUUCCUAUAAUUGCAGAAUCAACAGCAAUUAAGGAAUUAAAGAGUCUUAAGAAACGAUAUGAAAGUGUUGUUCAACAGGUUGAUAAAGUUGAAACAACAUUAAUGACAUAUUUAAAAAAACAUUUGGAAGAUGAUUUGAAUAACCUUCUACAUUCAAUAAAAAGUAUUGAUGAAAAGCUAACAUGGUGUAAGCCUGAAGAAGAAAUUGAGAAAGAACAAAUAGAAAUUAAACUUGGUUCUGUUGAGGAUAUUAAAGGAAACUUAACUGUAAUUCAGGAACAAAAAUUUAAAAUAGAUCAAGUAUUAGAAUACCUUAAUCAGCAUUCAUCCUUGGAUUUAAACUUAGAAGAAUUGAGCCAUAAUGAUGAGCUAUUAAGUGUUAACCUUGAUAACGCUGAAAAACACAUAAAUGAACUUAAGGUAACUCUAGAAAAAAUUAUAAGGUUCUGGGUUGAAUAUCAAAACCAUCUGGAUAAUAUCCUACCAUUAGUUAAUGUUUUAGAAAAUGAUAUAAGGCUCUCUGUGGAAAUUCCUAUUGAUAUGAAUUCAAUAAAUAUUAUGGAAGAAAAUGUAAAUAAAUUUCAGUUCAAAAUCGAUACAGCCAAGCAAUUUCUGAAUGAACUUGAAUCUUGUGUCAAAAAUAUCAAAUGCAUUGAUAGUAAAUCAACAUUAGAUAAUCAAGUUAUUAAAGUUAAACGGAAAUUGGAAUCUUAUCAAAAUAGCAUCAGUAAAUGUUUGGAAAGAAUAAAACAUUUAAAAGAAAUGAAAAAAGAAUUUAAUAUUUCUUAUGAAAAUGCUGAUAAAUUAAUAAAAGAAUUAAGUAAUACAUUUAAAUCGAUUGAAACCAAUCAACCUGUAGGGAAAAAAUCUAUUCAAAAUGCUCAAUCAGAUUUAGGAAUUAUGAAGAAUCUUAACAAACAACUAGAAGAAAGUCAACAAUUAGUCAAUGACACAGUAUCAAAAGGUGAAUGUAUGUAUCCUGACAUUACUAUGGAAAAUCGGGAUGAAAUAAGAUUCAAAGUUAAACAAUUAAGAUUAUCUUGUGAAAAUUUAAAUGACGAAUGUGGAAAUAUAACUAAAGCAAUUGAAAAUGUUUUAGUACAAAAAUCAUCAUUUGAUGAAAGUUGUAAUCAAAUUCAAAAUUGGCUUCAUGAAACAGAAGAAAAAUUUAAUGAUUAUAAAAGAAUAAAGAAAAAUAAUAUUAUUGACAAAAAAACUAAUUGCAAUAAUUUAAAAACAUUAAAACAAGAUUUAAUUGCUUAUAAAGAUAACAUUAAUCAGUUAAAAGAAAAGGUAACUCAAUUAAAUGAACCAGAUACUGAUCUAAAAUUAAAAGAUUUUUUGAAAAAGUAUGACAAUAUUGCAUUAGGAGUGAAUAAAUGUUUAAAAUUAAACGAAUUACAUUUGAAAAAUCAUGAAUUGUACUUAGAAAAUGUUGAAAUGUUUAAGAAUUAUCUCAAGGUAUUACAAGACGAGUAUUCAGUUGCAGUCAACAAUCUUUCAGAAACAGAUUUUAAUGUGUUUAUAAAUAUAGUUGGUCAUAAAUCUGAAGGAGAGUUAAUACUAGAAAAAUGUAAAGAAAUUGGAAACACUGUAUUAAAAGAAACUGAUUUAGAUGGUAAGACUGCAAUACAGAAUGAACUCGAUGAAAUUAAAAUUAACUGGGAAAGUUUAAUAUUGAAUUGUGAAAAUACUUCAAUAAUGUUAAGCCAAAAACAAAAUCAAAAUGAUGAAAUUUUAACUAAAAUUGAAAAUCUGGAUAAAUAUUUAAAAUCAAUUGAAACACAAAUUAAAGAUAGAAGUUUAAAAAAUUCAUUAUCAAGUAAACAACAAUAUUUGGAAAAAUUGAAACAAUUUGAUGAAGAUAUCACAAAAAAGCACAAAGAGAUUUUAGAAAUACAAUCUGAAACUAUUGAUGUUUCACCCAAUGUAAAUAGUGCAAUUACUAAUUUAAUAAAAACUUUCCAGAGUGUUAAAACCAGAACAAAGGAAUCAAUAUUGAGGUAUGAAAAUUUUGUUAGAGAACACCAGCAUUUUGAUUUGAGUUAUGAAGAAUUUAAUGGAUUAAUAAAUUGCUUAUCAGAAGAAUUAAACCAAUAUAGUGAAGUUGUUGGCGAUUUAGGACUUUUACAAGCAAGGCAAAAGAAACUGUUAGCAUUGUUAGAUUCAAAAUGCCAACAAAGUGUGCAAUAUGAGUCUCUUGUUAAUAUGGCAGAAAAAUUAUAUGCCCAGACUUCUCCAGAUGGAAGAGAAAUAAUUCGUCAAAAUAUGAAGGAUUUGAGAAAUGUAUGGGAGUUAGUGUCAGAGACUUUGCAAUGCAGCUUAAGCAAACUUGAUAAUUGUUUAUUGCAAUUUGCUGAAUUUUCAUUGUCACAAGAACAACUUACCAAAUGGUUGAAAAAUAUUGAGCAAGCAAUGCAACAACAUACUGAAACAAAAGCUACUUUACAAGAGAAAAAAGCUCAACUUCAGAACCAUGUUGUUAUUAAUCAAGAAAUAUUGUCUCAUCAAAAUCUGGUACAAUCAGUAUGUGACAAGGCUCAAGAACUCGUUAAUCAAACUAAAGAUAACACUUUAAACACAUACUUAGAAUCAAUUAAAAAUCUUUAUGAAAAAAUUGUUACAAAAUCUAAGGAGUUAAUGGAUUCGUUAGAGCUUUCUGUUCAAAAUCAUUCUGAAUUCAAUAAUAUUUGUCAGAAACUUAAAUUGAUGUUAAAAGAACAACGUGAUAAAAUUCGAGAAAAUGAUAAUAUUGCUACAGAAAAAGACAAUAUUGUUAAAAAAAUGAAUAUACUUAAAGAAAUGAAAAUAGCAAAUACAACUGAAAAUGAAUUAAGAAAUCAUCUUGAACAAGUAUUUCAAUUGGUUAGCAAGACAACCACAAAAAAAGGAAUUAAUGUUAUGUCAAAAGAAAUUUCAAAAAUAGAUAGUGAUAAAUCACAAUUAAUAAUACAACUUGAUACCAUUAUUGAAAAAAUGGAAGAAAUUUUGAUUCAAUGGACUGAUUUUGAAAGUGAAUUUGACGAGAUUACCAACUGGUUUAGAUUAACAGAAUCACUUAUUAAAGAUCAACAAUUGCAAUCAACAUUUGAAAAUAAAGAAAAUAAACUAAAACUUUUUACAGAUAAACGAAACGAAAUAUUAAAUUAUGAAUCUAAAAUAGAAAAAUUCAUUGAUAAUUCAAAUAAUUUAUUACAUACAAGCGGAGUAGAACGUCUAAAACCACUUAUACUCCAAGUUGGAAACCGGUACCAAUUAAUUCUAGUUUUAAGUAAAGAAAUGGUUGCUAAAUGGCAAAAUAUUUCUGAUGAUCAUAAAAAUUUCAACAACAAAUUGGCUGAAUUCGAGACAUGGUUAGAUACUUUGGAAAGUAAACCAGCUCAAAUUUUGGAUGAUGAUGAUUUAGAUUUAAAUAAAAAACUAUCACAGUUACAAAGUAUUUAUGGUAGCUCUGAUCAAACAUCAGUAAAAAUAUCAUUAUUAACAUCUCUUGGUGAACGUUUAUAUCCUGAUACAUCUGCUGCUGGGCGUGAAACCAUUCGUCAACAACUUAAAGAUAUUCGUGAUAGAUGGGACAUAUUAGAUGAAAAAGUAAAAACAGCUCAAAAAACUCUUGGAGUCCAAUCACAACAAUGGAAUAGUUAUCAAGAAACUCUUUUACAAACUAUUAAUUGGUUAGAAGGUAUAGAAAAAGUGAUUGCUUCUAACCAGUCACCCAUUUGGUCUUCUCCACAAGAAAUAAGAUCAAAACUUUUAAAACAAAAGGCAACAAUGCAAGAAAUAAAUUCACAUAGUCGUAUGAUAGAAACAAUAAUGGAGAAAGGGAAAACUAUAAAGAAGCCCAAAGAUGAAUUUGAUUCAGAUAUGUCAUUGAAAGAUAGAUAUGAUCUACUACGUGAAAAAAUGAAUAAUUCUAUUUCACAACUCGAAAACUACUUAGAGACUUAUCAACAGUACCAGGAUUUACAUAAAUCAUACCUUGAUACUCAAAAACAACUUUGGGAUCAACUCUCAUUAUAUACAGAUUAUUCAGGGAACAAACAAAUUUUAGAGUCCCGAUUAAAUAAAGUUAAUGUUAUACAAACAACUUUCAAUAACAAUAAAACAACUUUAUUGACAAUGGAACGUUUUGUAGAAGGCUCAAAGGAUACAGUUCCACAAAAAGCAAUUGACACAAUGUUGAGAGAUCAUACAAAUUUACAAUUUGAACAAGAAAAGUUCCAGUCAUUGUUAAAUGACUUAUUAGAAGGUUUACAAAGUAGAAUAAAUCAAUGGGCAGAGUUUGAAAAUCUAAUGCAUCAGUUAAUUUCUUGGCAUAAUGAUACGGAAAAAAAAUUACAAAACUAUUCAGAUAAGGGUACACUUGAAGAAAAAACUCAGCAGUAUAAUAAAUUUCAGGAUUUAGAAAAAGAAAUUAAAGGAAAAUCUAAUUCGGUGAAGGAUUUAAUUGCAUUUGGUGAUCAUCUUCAACAAUCAUUGAUGGAUGAUAUGAAAAAUAAAGUUUUAGACAUAGACAAACAUAUUGAUCAAUCAAAUGAGUAUAAAUCUACAGGAGAAGCACGAUUGUCAACCAAAGUCAAACAAAUAUCGUCUCGUUAUCAAUCAAUGGAAACUACAAUUAAGGACAUUUUAAAUAAAUGUAAUGAAUCUAUUAAAAUUCACCAAGAAUAUGUGGAUAAAUAUAACGAAUGUUCAAUUCAACUGUCAAAUGUUCAAAGUCAAUUUAAAAAUUUAAACAAACCUCCAUUGUCAUCACAAGCUAAUCAUCAAUAUUUAAUUCAGAAAAAUGCAAAACUAAAUGAAUUAUUAGGCACAAAGCCAAGUGUAACAUGUUUGUUGAAUAGCUGUAUAGAAUUAGGAGAAAAAUUGUAUUUGAGUACAUCUACAUCUGGAAGAGAAAACAUAAAAUGUCAAUUGGAUGAACUUCAAACAGUAUUUGACACUUUGUACGAUGAUCUUUUGAAUAUCAACAGAGAAGUAAAAGAUCAACUAACUAGAUGGAGUGGAUUUGAAGAACUAUACAAUGAAUUAAACCAAUGGUUUAACAAUACAAAACAGAUAUUGAAUAAAGAUUUAGUACUCAAAUCUACAUUGGAUGAAAAAAAAAUGCAGUUACAAAUUUAUAGAGAUAUGCUUCAAGCUACAUUAAAGAGAAAGCAAGAUAUUGUAAAGUUACAGGAUCUUACUAGCAAAAUGCAAAUGAGAGAAAAUAAUGAUAUUCUUUUAUCAUCUAUGAGUAAACAAUAUGAUGACAUUUUAAAACAAAUUCAAGAUUUUGUAGACAAAUAUGAAGCGAUUGUAAAAGACCAUGAACAGUAUACUAAAUCUGUGAUGGAAAUGCAAGAAUGGCUUGAUGCAACACAUAAUACAUUAAUGCUUUGGGGCGAUACAAAUUUGGAAAAGAUUUCUUUGUUGAGCAACCUGGACAGAAUAAAGAAUUUGUUAUUAAGUCUUAAUGAAGAAGAAAAUAGGAUUUAUAAUAUACAAAAACUAGCAGAAAAAGUUAUUCCCGGUACCAUUGAAAAUGGUCAAGUAAAUAUUAGGGCACAAAUUGACUCAUCGCAACAAGAUUGGGAAGGACUCAUGACGACAGUAAAAACAUCAAUAGAAGCUUUAGAAAAUAAACUUCAUAGUUGGAACGAAUUUGACGUACUCAAAGAAUCAUGUUUAAUAUGGUUACGAGAAACUGAUUAUAAAAUUCAUGCUAUUGAUUUAAAAAAUUCAUUACAAGAAAAGAAAACUCAGCUUGAAGAACUUAAGGAUUUACAAGGAGUGAUUCGAGCUAAAGAGUUUGAGAUUGAUUCAAUCACAGAAAAAUCACAAAACUUAUACAUAAUGUCAAUGUCAACCAAAAAUUCUCAGAUAACAGAAAUUGUUCAAAAAUUUCAUCAGCUUUCAAUGAAAAUAAAAGAAUUGGUUGGAAAGUGGCAACAAUUUGUAAACAAUCACUUGGAAUUUGAAAGCAGUUUAAGUGAAGCCAUUAUUUGGUUGGAUUCUGCAGACGAUAAAUUGACAAGUUGUACAGAUUUCAAAUCUACCAGUAAAGCUGAUUUAGAAGAAAAACUUAUUGUUAUUCAAGACAUCUUGUUAUAUAAAGACGAUGGUUUUAAUAAAGUCCAAAAUUGCAUUGAAAUAGCACAAAUAGUUUUAGCUAAUACUGCACCUGAAGGUCAUAAAUCAAUAAAUGAAUCACUUACAUCUUUACAAGAACAUUGGAGUAGCUUAGCAACAAAAAUGGUUGAAACUAAGACAAAUAUUGACGAAUCAAUACAGCGGUGGUCAGGAUUUUUAGAACAUGUAAAACAAGAAGGAAAGAUAAUAGAAAAAUUUGAAGAUGCAUUACCAGAGUUGGAAGAAUUUCAAGGGACUAUGUCUGAAAAAAGAGAUCAAUUAGAAAAAUUAAAACAUUUAGAUGAAAAAGUCCGCUGUGAAAAGUUAGAAAUGGAUUCUUUGAAAUUGAAAGCACACGAAAUGUUAAAAACAGGGCAUCAAAGCAAUGCUGUGGCAGAAACACAAGAAGUAUUUAAUAAGUUUGAUCAAAUUUCAGAUAAAGUCAAGAAAUUACUUAAUCAACGUGAGCAACAAUAUAAGGAUCAUAAAACUUAUAAGGAAGCAUACGAGGAGCUAUCUAAUUUUUUGAAUAGAUCUCGAGAUAAAAUACCAUCACUAAAAGAACGACCACUUAGUGAUAAAUUAGCAAUUGAAAAUGCAAUAACACCAUUGGAAACCUUAUUAAAUAAAAGAGCUCAAGGUGAAUUGCUUUUAGAUAACUUGAACACAAUUGGAGGAAUUAUAAUUGCAAGUACUUCUGAAAAUGGAGAAAAAAUUAUAAGACAAGAAAUUUCAUCCAUAGCUGACGAAUUGAAUAAAUUAUUUGAUGAUAUAUUAACACAAAAAGAUAAUCUCCAUGCUAUUCAUACACAUUGGAGAGAAUAUAAAGAUGAAUAUGAAAAACUAUCAGAUUGGUUACAACAAAUUGAUAUAUCUAUGAAGGCUAUUAAAAAUACACCAUUGGCGACGGUAUUAGAAAAAACUGAUCAAGUAAAACAAAUACAGGAUGUAUUAGAUAAUUUAGUAAAAGGCAAAUCUAAUAUUGAGAAAUUUAAUGAAAGUUCGGGACCACUUUUAAAAUCUCAUCUUGAAACUUAUGUCAAUAAUCAGUUAAGACAUCUUAACUCCCGUUAUGAAGUUCAAGUGAAUUUGGCAAAGGAUGUACAAAGAAAAGUAGAGACAAACCUUGAACAUCACAUGCAGUAUGAAAAUUAUCUAGAAAAAGCUAAAACAUGGAUAAAUGAUGCGAAAGAGGCAAUUAGGUUUGGAAAUGAAACAACAACAGCUAAUACUAGUAAAGAAGUCUUACAAUCUCGUCUUGAUAACAUUUUGGAAUUAUUAAAAUCACAAGAAGAAGGUCAAUUAAUUAUUCAUUCCACUGUAAACUCUGGUGAAAAAGUUUUGAGGAGUACCAGAUCUGAUGGGAAAGAUCUAAUAAAUAAUCAAUUAAAAGAAAUCCAAGUAGACUGGGAUAGACUUGUAAAGAAAAUAGCUACAUCAAAAGUGCACAUUGAAACAAGCCUCCUACAAUGGGCCGAUUAUAAUUCAUCAUACUCACAUCUAGAACAAUGGAUUUCAGAUCGUGAAGCUAAACUCGAUGAAGUCUGUGAACUUAAGGUAUCAAAAGCGAAAAAAAAUCAAGCUGGAUUUGGAUCUCUAAGUAUUGGGGAACGUAAAGCGACAUUACGUAGAACCAAUAGUAUUGUUCAAGACAUAGUUUCUUUUGAACCUAUGAUUCAAAAAGUAACUCUUAAGGCUGAAGAUUUACAACAGGCUGUACCUGCAAAUGAAAUUACUAAUAAAUACCAUACAUUGAGUAUCAAAGCAAAAGAUCUUUAUGAAAGGCAAAAAGAAACUGUAAAAUUACAUCAAGAAUUCAUAGAUGCUGGAAAUGAUUUUGCCGCAUGGUUAAGAUCUGCUAAAGAACGUGUUAGUAAGAUAUCUGAACCAACAGGAGAUAAAGAAAUGUUGAAUGCUAAGUCUGUUCAAUUUAAGGUAUUACAGAGUGAAUUACCUACAGGACAAAACAAAUUGGAAUUUGCUCUUGAAAGAGCAGAAAAAGCUUGUUCCUUUGCUGAUGAAGAAGAAAAAGAAAUAAUUGAACAAGAAGUGGUAAUGUUACAAGAAGAAUUUGAUAUACACAACGACACUCUUCAAAAAACAAAAGCAUUAUUAGAAGAUGGCAUAUACAAAUGGAAUGACUUUGAUGACUACUCUAAAGGUGCAACAGAAUGGUUGAAUAAUACUGAAAAACUUGUUCAGUCAUAUAAUAAACUGCAGCCAAGUUUAGAAGGAAAAAAAGAAGCAUUAGAAGAAUUCCAAACUCAUUUGCAAACCUUGUUUGAUUGGCAGAAAGAAUUAGAUAUUUUAAAUGGAAAAGCACAGGUUCUAUUGGAAACAUGUUCUGAUACACGUUUAUCAAAUUCAAUUACUCAGAUGACAACCAAAUACAAUACAUUACUUUCUUUAGCUAAAGAAGUAAUGCGACGUUUAGAAUUACAUUAUCAAGAACAUCAGCAACAUAAUUCUCUAUAUCAGGAAUGUCUGGAUUGGCUUGAAAGAACUCGAGAUAAGUUAAACGAAUGCGAAGAAAUACCUAACAGUUUAAACGAAGUGAAGAGUAAACUUCAAAGCUUGAAAGUUAUUAGGCAAACACUUGAACAAGGUCAAAAUCGAUUAAGAUACAUAAUGGAAUUAAAAGAAAAAGUUGUUCUAAGUACUGAACCUCAAGGUGCUGUUAAGAUCGAAGAAGACACAGAAAAUUUAAGACAAGAAUUUGACAAGCUUUCUAAUAAAAUUCAAGUGUGUAAUAAUAAUUUAACAAUAAAAGUAUCACAACUUGAAGAAUUAGAGAAAUGUAUAAAAAUAUUAAAUGAAUGCUUGGAUGAUAUAAGCUCUAAAAUCAAUGGAAAUGAUCUUGAUCAACCAUUAAACGAUUUAAGUGAAAAGAAAACUGCAUUUGAAAAAUUGAAGUCCCUGCUUCAUGAACUUAAUACUCACAAUGAUUUAGUUAAUCGCUUAUCGACCAAUAUUGACAAUAAGUCUUCUUCAUCUCCGGAAUCAAUAACUUGUGUAUCAAGAUAUAAUAGUCUAAUUAAUAUGAUAACUAAUAAACUAUUGGCUAUGGAAAAUCAAGUAGCAGAACAUGAAGCUUAUAGAACUAAGUUUAUAAACGUAAAUGAUUGGUUAAGAAAAACUCGAGUAGCAGUUCAAAGUUGUGCUGAUACACAUGGUGAUUAUAAAGUUAAUGCUUCUAAAAUCAGCCAACUAAAGAAUAUUGAAGAAUCUUCUCAAAAUGGUGAAGUAAUGAUUAAAGACGUUUUAACACAAAUUGAAACUUUGAAAAACAGUACUGGACCAGAAGGUUGUGAUAAAUUGAACCAAGAUAAAAAUCAAUUAAACAGUGAUUGGGAUGAGCUAAAGCAUUUCAUUAAAGAAGUUCAAUCAGCAUUAAAUAAAUGUUCUAAGGCGUGGGAUGAUUUUAAUGUAGUAUAUAAGGCAUUAAAAGAUUGGGAAACAGAUUUAACUAAUAAAGUCAACACAGCUUCGUCGUCUAAUGAAACAUACACUCCAGAUGAUUUGGACCAAUACAAACUUUGGCUUCAAGAAAUCAUUAAUCAAAAUUUGUCUAUUGAAGAACUCACUGAUCGGUGUGAAUCAUUAAUGGAAUUAAGUGCAUGCAAUUGGGUUAGGGAUGACACAUUAAAAAUACAAUCAUCAUACACAACUUUAUUAACUACCACUCAAGGACUUGUAUCAAAGGCAGAGAAGAGUUUAACUGAUCAUACUGAAUUUAUAGCAGCAAAAGAAAAAGUUGAAGAAUGGUUAAAUCGUGCUCAUGGUACAGUUCAAGAUUGUAUUGGUGAAGGCGAUUUAGAUUGGGUGAAAGACAAAUUACAAACAGUAAAUCUGGUUUCUUCUAGAAUAACAGAAGGUCAAUACUUAAUGAAUGGUAUGCAGGAAGUUUUCACUAAAGCAUUGAAUAACACAUUAGCUGCAGAAAGAAAUGCUUUAGUUAAUGCUAUGGAAGAACUAAAUAAUAGUUGGAACAGUUUAAAUAUUGAUUUAAAUUCUGUUAUUGCACAUUUGAAAUCUCUCCAAGCUCGCUGGGAAGAAAACAAUGAAGCAAAAGAUAAUCUUGAGAAAUGGCUAAGUUCACUGGAAUCUAAAACCACUAAAAAGCAUGAUUUUAGAGCAGAUGUUGGAGAAAUGAAAACGCUUCUCGAAAGAUUAAAUCAUUCAAUAAAUGAGAUUGAUGAAAAAGAAACAGAUUUCAAUCAUAUUAUUACUGAAACCGAAGAACUUUCAAAGUUCUGUAAAAAUAAUAAUCUAAAUGCUGAUAUUAAACAAUUAAAAACAAGGAAAAAUAUUCUUAAAGAAAAAACAUUGAAACGUAUAGAUAGCCUUGAAAGUGAAAUAUCACAACAUUCUAAUUAUUUACAAGCACUUCAAGAAUCUGAAAAAUGGUUAUUGCAAAUAUCAUUUCAAUUGAUGGCUCAUAAUUCGUUAUAUAUCACCAAUAGACAACAAACACAAGAACAAAUAAGACAUCACCAAGUCUUACUCAAUGAAAUUAUUCAGUAUCAAGAAGUAUUAGAUGAUUUGAAAUCGAAAGGAAAAACUCAAAUAGAACGUUAUGUUACAUCUACACCAACAAUUCAGACAAUAGUUGAACAACAAUUGAGUAAUAUUCAAGAUAGUUAUAAUUCCUUGUUUAACACAGCCCACCAAAUAAAAGCUAGAUUAGAAGAGUCUUUAUUAAAAUUCAAACAAUAUGAAGAUAUGUUGGAAAGUAUUUGGUCAAAUUUGGAUGAUUAUCAACCACUUAUGAACAAAACCAUAGAUGAUAAUUGGUCUCUUACCGAAGCUAAAGAGCAAUUAACAAUUUACCGAGAUCUUUUGGAUAAAUUACAAGGGGAAAAAACUAGGUUGGCUUUAGCUGUACAGGCUUGUGAGGCUGCGGUAGCGAGUAUAUCAAGACCUAGCAGUCCUGUAGAGUCUACAAACUCUAUGAUUCCCGAACAAGAAAUUGCCAUCCGUUUACGCUUAGAAGAAAAUCUUGAUCAGAAAAGCAAACCGGCACCAGAACCCUCUAAAACACUGUUAUCAAUGCUUGAUCAUUUAGAAGACACAGGCAUACCUAAGCUUUUAAUUCCGUAUACUGAUUAUGUGCAAAACUAUGUUGAUGAAUUGGUCAAUAUGAUAUCAAUUUUGGAAAAUAAACACAACCAGCGUGCAAUAGUUUAUGAAUGGAUUGAAGAAGAAAUGAUUAUUUUGAACAAAAUGAAGGAAAAACCAACUAGGAUUAACAUAGAUGCAACUACUCAAGAAAUAAUCAAUUUAAAUGAAAUGUUACAAAAUGUUAAUGAUAAAAAAUUGGAAUUAAUGGAAUUAGUAUCGGAUGAUCCAUCUGAUAAACUUGUUACUGAUUUUAACAAUUUGAUAGAUAUGAUAAAUCAAAUACUGCUGAAAAAACAAUCUGAUCAAAACUUAUUGUCAGUAUAUAAAAAUAGCGAAACAGAUUUACAAAAUUGGUUUGAUAAUUUGUCUAAGUGUAUUGAAUCCUUGGAAAAAGGCAGUGGAAAUACAUGUCAACAAAAACUAGAUCUGUUUAAUGAUAUCAAAGAAGAUUAUAUCAAUAAUGGAGAAAAACUCAUUAAUAAUUUAAGGUUGAACUGUCAAAAUUUAAAAGAAGUAGUCAGUAUAUCAGAUGCUCAAUUACUUGAUGAUCAGAUGAAAUCUGCUGAUAGGCGUUAUAGAGACUUUUGGACAAGAAUGGAAAGAAAAUAUGAAAUAUUAGAAAAUUCCAAAAAAAAUUUACUAUAUGCUAAGUCACAAAUAGAAGAAAUUAAUAGUUGGAUAGAUGAAAAAUCACAUCUGUUGGAUGAAAAUAAGAUAAUUAAUUAUGAUAGUAACAAUGUUGAAAAGAAGUUAAUUGAUUUAAAAAAUAUUAAUAAAGAAGCAGAGACAAAACAAAUCUUUUUAACUGAUUCGCUUACAGUUAAACUCAAUGCUAUAGAAUUUGAAUCCGAGCCUAUAGAAUACAAUAACCUCGAAGAGAAAUUAUACAAGCCUACUAUCAACAAAAUGGAUAAUUUUAAAACAAAUAUAAAUGAAAGUCUAUUAAAAAUUAAGAAUAUGCAUGAAGCCAGUCAAAAGUUUGAAAAUUCUCUUAAUCAAUGUAACAUGUGGUUAGAUCGUAGUGAAAAGGAUCUUUCACCAGAUAAAUAUAAACUUGAACCUUUAGAAUUAAUUGUAGCUGAGAAAAAUAAUGAAAAAAUUUUGAAUUUCAAAGUAGACAUUCAAUGUUUUAAAGAUGGAAAAUUAUCAGAUUUGGAAAAAAAUAGUCAAAUUUUAUCAACUUUUUGUGAUAAAGACAAUAUUUUAGUAAUACAAUCAGUCUUAAAUGAUGUUCUAAAUAAAACUAAACAAAUUGAUACUAUGAGUAAUUUUAUUGAAGAAAAAUCAAAAUCUAUUUUGGAAAAUAGAAAAAAUGUUGAAAAUAAUGUUAAUUUAUGUCAACAAUGGUUUAGUGAAGUAGAAGUGAUCAUGUCUGCUGAUGUUCGUCUAUCAAGUUUAAAUAUUGUGGAAGAUCAACUGCAAAAGUAUGAUGAUCUUAAUAAGCGGAGUUCUGAAAUUGAUCAUAUUAUUGAACAACUUAAGAUAAUUAGUAAACAAAUGGUAUUGUGUGAACCGGAUACGUUAAAAAUUAGUGAUCAAAUUUUAUCAUUGGAAAACAGUCAAAAAAGAACAAAAGCCAUGAUCAAAGAUAGAAUUGAAAUAAUUGGACAGUAUCUGGAAAAAAUUAAAAAUAUUUCAAAAACCGUAGAAGAAAGUAAGAAAAUGAUUCUAAAAGUUCAGUCAAACUUGCAAGAGCUAGAUCGUCCAGUGGGAAGUACUAUGGAUGAUGUAAAAGACAUGAUAAUGUCUUAUGAAACAUUGUUAAAAGAACUAAAAGAAUGGAAUGAUAAAUUUAGCGAUAAUGAUAAUGAAUCACUCAAUGAAAUUGUUAAGCAGCAAGAAGAUCUAAUCAAUACAAUUGAAAAACAAUUAUCAAAACUUAGACAAUUAUUACACCUUCAUGAGCAGUUCAUGACAUUAAUUGCAGAUAUUGUCAUGUUUCUUACAAAAUAUUCUAGUGUGGUCAAUGAGAUUGGAAAAUCUGGAAACACUAUUCAAAACAAAAUUAAGCAGUUUGAUGAGGUUACUGUUAAGAUUCAAGAGUGUGAAGCAACUCUCUUAUUGGCAACAGAUAAAGGUGAAAGAAUUGCUGAAGUAGGUUCUGCAUUUGAUCAUAACAACAUAACUCAGCAGUUGCAGUCAUUAAAACAACAAUUGCUUACUUUGAGAAAAGCUGUGGAAAAAGAAAGACAAAAACUUGAAGCUACAGCAGCAGAACACAUUAAACUUGCUUCUGAUUUAGAACAAGUUUUAGAUUGGAUACGUGAGAACGAGGCUCUCAUUAAAUCCAGACCAUUACUUGAAAUUAAUAUUAAUAGUGUUGAAACUGAUUUAAAAGCACAUGAGGAAUUAAAAGUAAGAGUUGAUGAGUAUUUGUCUCGAUUAAAAACGAUACAUUCAACAGCUCAAAACGAAAAUAUUGAAGACAGCACAAUGCUUGAAUGUUUGAGUGAAGCUAGCUCAUUUCUAAAUACUAUACCAAAAGAAUUGCAAGACAGACAAACGUAUUUAAAUAUAAAUAAAGACUAUCGUAUAGACUACGAACAGUUAAAGGAUAAAUUUAUGAUGUGGAUUAACGAAGCUAAACAAAAAUUAAAAUCUGCCGAAGAAGAUAAAAAUGAUUACACGAGUAUAGUUUCAAAUUUGGAACAUUUACAAGCAUUUUUCAAUGAUAAAAGUAUUUAUGAUUUAGUCACAAAGAAAAUCAAACAUUCAAUAGAUAAAAUUAGACCGUCCUUAACGUCUCAGCAAAACGAUGUACUGACGGCAGAACAACAGGGUUUCAAUAAAGACCUCGAAGACGUAAUGAAUUCGGCUAAAUUGGUUCAGAAAAAAAUGGAAAAUGAAUUUGGUCUUUUGAAAGAGUAUAAAAAUGUUGUCGAUAAAGUAUCAUCGAUUUUAGACCGCUGUAAAUACAACGAAGAUCCUAUUCAAAACUUAGCUGGUUUAUACUUCAAUGUUGAAAAAAUUACAUUAGUUCAAAACGAUUUACUUCGCCAACAAAACGAACUGGAAUUAUUAUUGAAUAAAUCAAAACAGUUUGUGGCCAACAAUGAAAUCCAAUUUGAAACCGAUUCGCUUACGAAAAAAUGGUCGGAACUAGAAAAAGAAAUGUCAUCUCGAAUAAUGUUAGUGACCGAAGUCGGUGAUAAAUGGAAAAAUAUCGAAGAUGAAUGUAGAAAAAUCGAAACUGAGUUUACUCGUAUAAAAGAUGCUUUAAUAAGCGUUGAUCAAGUGAUUAGAUCGAAAGAUCAAUUAGUUGAGUCAUUAGUUACACUCCGCAAACUAAAAGAAAACUUGGAUGUUUGUGGUGAUCGACUCAAAAAUACUAUGCCGAUUAGUGAGAGUGUUAUCAACUUUUUAACUUCCGAAUCCCAUCCCGCAUCUUCUGCUUUGAAAGAUGACAUUAAAUCACAUUCUAAUAAAUAUGAAUCACUCGUGAACCAAUUGAGCAACGAACUCGGUCAAUUUGAAGUGAAUUUGAAUGAUUUCACCGAGGUUGAAGCCCAACUAGACAAAUUGGAGUUGUCUCUGAAUAAUCUCAAACCCGAAGUGGAAUAUUUUUACGUAUUCGCUCAAGACACUGAACAAACUCAGAAGGAAUUUGACAAUUUAUCCAAGAAAGUAAAAGAAGCCGCUAAUGAUUUAAAAACGUUUAUCGAAUGCACACAAAACCACUAUAUUUCAUUACAAAAAUUAGUGCCAAACGAUUUGUUAAGCAAGUUCAAUCCGUUGGAGCUCGUCUCCGAAGAAUUAACGAGUUUGAUGGAUUCAAACAGUAGAGGCCUAAAACGGGCCAAAACCGUUCGGACUGAGUAUGUGAAGUAUGUAGACGAUGUGCAGAGAUGGCUUCAGGAGGCUGAAGUGAAGGUUCAAGAUCGCGGCAGUGAACCGAAAAAAAUCAAAGAACAUAUACAGACUAUUGAAGAUGAAAUAAGUGUAAUUAAUGAUAAACUAAAUAAAGCUAUUAAACAUGGUAAUGAGAUCGUCGAAAAAACAAAAGAUGAAGAAGAAAAAGAAAUGAUUCCAAAAACGAUUGAAUCGUUAGUAGGAAAAAUGAGCCAAGUGAAACUUUGGUUGGACGAAAAACGUAAUCAAAUUGGGGACACUUUGGACGCCUGGCAAAAAUUCUUAUCUGUUUAUGACUUAGUGAUGGCCUGGUGCCAAAGUAAAACAAAUUAUUUAGAGGAACCAAUAACUCUAAGUUCACUUGAAGUAGUAAAACAAAAAGCUCAUGAAUUUUCGGCUGCUGUGAAAUCAAGCAAACAACAGAGCAAACAUCUAGCUGAAAUGAGCAAAGAAUUGGAUAUUAUUGCUUUGUCAACUGAUGUUGGACAUUUGCCUGAAAAACUAGAAGAAGCUAAUAAUGCUAAAAAUGAUGUAGAGGGAAAGCUUUCAGAAAAGAAUGCUUUAUUGCACGAGACAUGUGAAGAAUGGGAGCAAUUUGAAAGGAAAUUAAAAGAAGUUAAAUUAUUUAUUGAAAAGUCUCAAAAUGCUAUUGAAUCAGCUGUUAACAAAAAACGAACACUACGUGAACAACAUGAUUUGAGGGAAAAGAUGUUGGCUGAUAUUACAAUACAAAGAAAAAAGAUUACAUUGUCAACUGAAAAAUUGCAGAUUCAUUUCCAAGCUGGUUUUGGUGGCAGUGAUAACAUUGAGCAUUUAGCUAAAGACGGUUUGUCUCAGCUAGAUAAAUUGUUCAAAAUUGUGGAAGAGCAAGCACAUAAUUUGGAAGAAAGUCUCUCACAACUCGAUAAAUACCAACAAGAAAUACAACAUCUACGUCAAAAAGUCAUUACUGCUGAGCAACAAUUAAGACUGACACAAAGUCCAACGUAUUUACCUCAUGAUAGACAAAAGGCUAUGCAAGAACAAAAUACUAUCAAAUCACAUUUACAAGCACUAAGCGAUGAGAGUAUUCCAUUAGAAUUAGCAAUGAAACCACUUGUGAUAUUUGAUGAAGGACAUACCGCAAUACAAGAAUUAACUUCAACACAAACUAUGAUCACUUCAUUAAUCACUGAUGAUAGUGAUCAAUCACAAACUAAGGCAAUUAAAGAACUGAAAAUAUAUUUAGAACAAUAUGAAAAUUUUUUGACAGAAUUAGAAGUUAAUGAGGAUAAAGACGAAUUAUAUGAUUUAAGUACUAAAAUUAUAAAACUAAAUGAAAUCAUAAUUAAAUACAAAUUUUAUGAAAAAAUAGAAGAAUUUCAAAUACUAAUUGUUCGUCUUAGAACCAUCGUUGAGAAACUUGAGAAUUUAGAGAUUAACAGAAAUAAUAUGACCACUCAGAAAAAAUUAAAAGAUGCUGAUGAUAUCAUAUGUUAUUAUGAAAAUUGGUUAUUAACAACUGAAAACGAUGGCCCCAAAUAUGUAGAUAAUAUUGGAGAAAAAAUUAUUCAAUUAAAAGAUAAACUACAUCAAUUGGAAACAUUUAAAGAAAAUGUUGAAUAUGAGACACGUAUAUUAAAACUUCACUAUAUAAUUGAAAAACUUGAAAUUAUUAAAGAUGACUUUACAAAAUUGAAUCAAACGAAAUUCAGCGACGCUGACAUGGAAUUUUACUUGGAGGAGCCAUUGAAUUCAAAACAAAUUCUAAAUCAAAUCGAAUCAGUUGUGAAAGAUGUAUCUAACAUAAAAGAGAAACAUACUAAUACUAAUAAAGAAUAUGAAACUAUUAUAUCGAUAAUAGAAAAACUCCAAAAUAAGACAAAAUUAGUUAAAUGUCAGAUUGAUACUUUCAACGAAGAUGUCGAUUUAGUGGAUUGGCAGAACCUAAUUUUGAGAAUUGAUGAUGCUCAUAAACAAAUAGAACAAUAUAAAUCAGAUUUCGAACAAUUAAAAAAAGGAAAAUCAUCAUAUCAAGACAAACUUAACAAUUUGGAAAUAUUAUUAGCUCAUAAUCAAUUAGUCAUUGAAGAAUUAUAUGAUAUUAUAAGUAUUUACAAAAUAAAAUACAACUCAAAAAAUAAAUUGCCAGACGACACGUAUAAAUAUUUAAAAGCUGCGAUUAAACUAGAUAAAGAAUUAGGAAAUACAACCAAAAUCUUUAUUGAUGAAAUCGAAACAGAUAAUUUCACCAAUAUGAACUCUAAACAGUUAGAACUAGUUUGUGGAGCAGUAAAAAAUUAUAAUGAAAAUACGAAUAAAUAUUAUAACAUCAAACAUAUUCUGGAGGAUCUUGAUAAAUAUCACCAUAUCGCUACAAAGCUGACAGACUUAAAAACUUUAUCGGAAUCUCAGAAACCCGAUAAAAACGUCAUAAAACAUUUGGAUGUGGAACUGAAUAAUACGCAGUUAAAUAUAAAAAAACUUUUAACUAUUCAAAAUGAGUGGACUCGUAUUGAAGAUAUUUUAACAGCUGAACAAAAAUGGUUAGAUGAAGUUGGAGUGUCUAUUCUGGAUCUAACGAAAAUAACGUCAAUCAAUUAUGUUCAAACGCUGUCUAACACACAAAAUACAAUCACAAAUGUGGCUAUGCAUUACGACAAACUUAUAUAUUUGAAAGACAUAAUAGAAAAACUCCAGAAUCAAAUUGAUGUGAAACCGUUAUUGUAUGUAUGUGAACAGCAUACGAAUGAUACGUUCAAAUUGAAGAACAAUUUAAAGGCAAAAGAAAUGCGCUUGAUAACAUUUAAGAAACAAUAUGACAAGUACAGUGAACUCAAAAACAAUAUUGAAUUGAGUUUGUUACGUAUUACAUCUAAUUUGGAAGAUAUUACACCAAGCCAGGAAAUCGUCGAUAACAAUAUAAUUGGAUACGAGUUGGAAAUUUUAGAAGAAUCUAUUAGAACUUGUUCUGACAGUUUAAAUGAAUCACUCGAUAUCUUGCCUAUAUCCGAUGGACAAAAUGAAAUAGAAACCAUGGGAUCGUUUACAACAGAAUGUAAGGCAUUAAAAGAUAAACUGUAUAAAACCAGGUCUACCAUGGACAAUCGCGAUAUUUCAAAAAUAUUUAAACACCUAGAAUCCGUUUUAGAAAAACCUAAAGACACAUUAUUAGACCAUAUUAAGACGCUCAAAGGUAUUUCAUAUGAAAUAAUUGCCGUCGAGAGUCUUGAGAAUAAUGACCAACAAUUAAGCGCCUUCAAAAGUCAAUGUAAUAGUCAACUAAAAGAUUAUUCAGAUUUAAAUAAAAAAACUGAAAUAUUGCGUAAUACACUGUUCGAGCUAACUAACGAUAUUAACAACGCUGAUUUCACUUUGUCGGAAUUGGAAAAUGAAUCACAUAAAGACAGGCACACUUCUGAAACAGCAAUAUGCAAAACUUACCAUCAAGUUUCGGACCAAAUGAAAAAUAUGCAACAAACGCUGUCGUCAACUUCUCAACAGUUGAAACAAUUAAAAGAUAGUCUUAAGCACUUUAAAAAAGACAGAAAAACAUUGGAAUCCGAAGUGAAUGAAGUUGAAAAACGAUAUAAACAAUUAAAAACAAAACAUCAAAGUGCGCUCAAAACGUUUGAAAAUAAAUGCAACUAUUGGACAAUGGUCGACGAUCUAUUACUAAAAAUUAUAAUAAAAAAUAACCAUGUAAACAAUUUAACUAUAAUCCCGUCAGACUCGGAUACCUUAGCUGGAAAACAUUUAGAAGCAAUAUUGAAGCACCUCAAGGAUGUACGCAGCUUAUAUGACAAGGAAAAUAAAACUAUUUUGGCUGACAUUGAAACUCUGCGUAGAAAAGGAGACAAAGACCAAAUUGAUGAAAUAAUUGACGGAGAUCUGAAGCAAUGGAAUGACACUGGUGUAGCUGUAAAACAAUUGGUAGAACGUUAUGAAAAAGCAUCAAAAACGCUACACAGUUAUCAACAACUAAGAGAGUCAACGAAUGAUUGGUUGAAUAAUAAACUUUUGUCAAUCGAAACUACAGAAGAUGUAUCAGAUAAAACAAAAUCAAUUGAUAAACAAAAAGAAAAUCUGGUCGAAUUACGGAAGAUGAUAACAGACGUGACUGAAACUAUUGGACUAAAUCCAGAUGAUGCGCCACUAAACGAAAUCGAAGAACUUAGUUUAAAACUAGAGAAAGUCCAAAAAGUUCUCGCUGCACUCGGAGAUGUUGCGGACAAAAAGAACAAAAUGUCGGACAACAUCGAAGAUGCGAAACGACUUUUACAUGAUAUCGAAAAAAAUUCAUCAAAAUCCACCAAAAACAAUGAAGAGAACUUAAAGGAAUUAAGAAUGAAAUUAUUAGAUUUAAACAAAUCGAAAAAAGAGAUGGACGAAUCUUUUGACAUAGAUAACUUUGAAAUAUCAUUAUGUGAAAAACGAACAUACUCUAUCAUCGAAGUAUUCCAGCUCUGGCAGCAAAUAUUCAAAGAAACUUUCAAGCAAUAUCGUAAAUUAUCGUGUUCUUUACUUGAAAAUGAAAACAAUGUCGCUGUAUUUGAACUAUGGCACGACUAUUUGAUGUAUGUACAAGAAUUUUUAAAAUCUCCUGUUCCUGGUGACUAUCAUUCGUUAACAAGUCAUGAACGACUUUGUCAAGUACACCAAGAAGUAUUGAUCAGUCAGAUGGAUACUAUACCCAAUUGUAUGAAUAAGCCAGACAUCAUCUCUGAGCCAGUAGCAAUGGAAAGAUUUACAUCGUUAAUGGAUUUACACAAUGAAACUAUGACAGAACUCGAAAGCACUCAUCAAGAAGUGUGGACCAAACUAGGCCACUGGAAAGAAUAUAGAACAAACGUUAAAAAAGUUUAUGAAUGGUUAUGGAAGGUUGAAAAAGUUCAUUCAAAUUUAAAUCUUAAAUUUAUUAACACUAGAAGACUGCCACGAUUAAAAUCUCAAAUAACUAGUUUAUUAAAUAAUUUAGCCGUAGAACGUUCUCAAAUUAAUGAUUUAGAAAAUCGUCAAAAUACCAUCUUCGAGUUCUGUGAUAAACCUACAGAAACCGGCUACAGAAAAGAACUGAUAGCAAUUAGUCAACGAGUCAAUGAGAUCCAAGCAUCAUUAGAAGUUUGGAACGGUUACCUAGAAAACAUAGAAAAGCUUACUACCUCUUUCGAUGUUCAAAGCACGGAAAUAGAUCAAGUAUUGCAAAAUGUGCAAACUAAACUUGAUACACUGAAAAAUGAAUUUGGAUCAAAUGAGGAUAUAGUGCCAUCAGAUAAACUGAAAACAGAGUCCAAUAAAAUACAGGAAUUAAAUAACAGUUUGAAACAAUUAGAUCCGCAACUUUCGUCUACCACGGAUAUACGAGACAAGUUAAAGGAUUCCUUAGAUCCUAUAGAAAUUCGUUCGUUUGGCCAAAAACUUAGGUUUUUAAUAUAUCAUCAAAAGGAUUUGCAAUAUCAAUUGUUCUUGUACUCUUGUCAAAUAGAUAAUUUGUUAUAUAAGCCCCAAGAAUUCACUCAUAGAUACACUAGAUUUAGAAAUUGGACUAUUGAUACCGAAACUCAGUUGAAAAAUUUAACUAAAUCUUUAAAAGAUCCACAAUUCGCUAUUGAUGUGUUGAAACCUGAAUUUGAAUCUCAGAUUAAUUAUAAACAAAAAGAAUUUAAUUGGUUAAACGGAGCUGGAAAUCAACUAAUUAAGGCAGAAUCCCAACUGAAUCCUCAACUAGUAAAAACUACUGAAUCUAACUUAAAAGAAAUCAAUGAAAACUGGAAUAAUUUAAAUGGUUCAUUGUAUAAAUAUACUGUCGAAUUACCUACAACAAUUUUGAAUACAAAUAAAUUAUUCGAUAAACUCAAUACCUUCAAAAUUUGGAUCAACGACUUAGAAUCAAAAAUAAACAAUGCAAUUGUUUUUAACGAUCGUUCAGAAUAUAACUUAAAAGAAGAAUUAAAGAGUUUAGAUGCAUUAAGUAAUGCAUAUAAAGAAAAACAAGGUGAAUAUAACGAAUUAAUGGCUAGAUGUAAUGAGCAACUAGAAAACGAUAAGAACACAAAUGAUUCUGAUACCACACAAGAUUUGCAGUGCCCGUCCAAAACCUUACCUAUCAGCUGGAAGAAUCUAGAAAAUAAAAUUAGUGACAAACGUGUUCGCGUAUUAAGUGCUUGGGAGGAACUACAAACCAUACUUGGUUUAGUCGAUGUAGAGACUAAAUGGCUAAGUCGAUUGAAUAUUGACGUUGAAGAACAUAAAAAAAAGAAAUUCGUAGAACAUAAAAGUUUGUCUGGUUUAAUCAGUAAUUUCGAACAAGAACAAAAAAACGCAAAAGAUAAGUUUUCUAAGUUAGAACUCGCUGUUUCUAUAUCUCGUUCUACAUAUACUGCAAAGUUCAUUGACGAAGAAUUAGAAAUAAUUAGUGAAAAACGAGAAUCCCUGUUGAAACAAAUUGAUAUGAUACUUAUCAUUCUUAAAAAAUCAUUAACACUGUGGAAAGACUUCAUUAAUGCACAUGGAAGGGCUGUAGUAACUUUGACUCAAGUCGAUACCAAACUGAUUCAACUUGAAUUAUUAGAUAAAUCUGACAAUGGCGAAGAAGGAAAUGCACGUGUUAUGGAGAAAAACCUUGGAAAUUUACAGAUAUUAGAAAUGGAGUUGAAAAAAUAUGGAGGACUACUCGAGAAAGCAGAUGCAUUAGGUCUGCAAUUAAUGACUAAUAGUACUCCUAGUGAUAUAAAAAAUAUUCAAGAAAUGAUUGACGAGUACCAACUUUUAUGGAAAGAUAUCAAUAAUCGUAUUGAAAAAUUAAAGGUGACAUGUGUUCAAGAAACUUCGUGUAGAAAGAAGCGAUCAGUAAACGAAGAAGUUCAAGUAGAAACAUUAAAGUUUGGCAAAGAUUCACAAAUACAAGUCGACACUCUUCCUACUGAAUUGCUCAGAAAAGAUUCAUUCCAAUACGAAUUACAAACAGCAAUAGCGAACGCUACUACCAACCUAAACGACUUGGAAUUAGCUAUACAAAAGUCUGACAAAAACUUGUCGAAAAACAUUGCGACGUGUCAAAUGUCCAUAGACCUAAUCAAACAUCUCAGCGUCAUAUUAAAAACACAAUGUGGAGUAUCCGAGUCCGACAUAACCAUAAUCAGGUCAGAAGAAUUAUUGGCCAAGUACGAAGAGCUUCUUGUAAAUUUCCGAUCACAGCAGCAAGUCGGUCAACCAAAAACUAGCAGUUCGGCGAUGUGUCCACUGUGCUCCGAACAAAACUGGUCACAAUUCGAGAACGACAUGUGGCGCUUGGAACACUGGAUACAGUCAACCGAAGCUAAGCUGAGUGUCCAACCGAUGGUACCGCCAUCGAAGAUUGAACAACUUGAAGACGUCAUACAGGAGCAUAGGGAACUCCUUUUGUACUUGGACAGUCACCGCAAUAUUGUGCAGUCAUUGAACGUAAUUGGACACCAUUUGGCCGAACAUAGCAAUGAUGAGGAAAGAGCAGCUCAGAUCAAAAACCGUUUAUCUGCAACCAAUUCCAGAUGGGAUCGUGUCUGUUUUGCGUGCACCGAAUGGCAGACCAAAUUGCAAACUGCACUUAUGGAGAACGAUGAGUUUUACGGCGUAAUUGACGAACUCGUCGAUUGGCUAGACGAAACAGAACGAGCGAUCAAGACGACCGAACCGGUAGACUUGGCCGAAGACACGGUUAUCAUAGUGGACAAAUUCAACAAGUUUAAGAACAUGCAUGCGGAACUGGAGAGGUGUGAACCACGAGUGGUGUCGCUGCUCGAGGCAGCCGACUGGCUACGACAGGCUAACGAGAAGACUGGAGCAACGACGCGCUCAACUUCCGUCGCCACCUCCACAUCCGAUCAGACCAUCGUCGACUCUCACGCAAGACUGUCACAUCUCAGGGCUCGGCUUACAGUAUUAAUAAACAUGACGGCUAGUUACGCGACGAAACUGGGCACGACCUUGGGCUACGACAUGUCGCCGGACAGCGUUUGCAUAAGACUCCACCAGGUGGACGAUACCAGCACUGCUAUGAAUCGAUCCGACGAAGAAGAACCGAACACAAAUGUUGGCGGAGAUGAAACGGUGCUGAGACGCGGCUACAGAUUCUUCGGACGGGUGAUGCGAGCGUCCCUGCCGUUCCAGGUGCUGAUGCUGCUGGUCCUGGGCGCCGCCUCUCUGGUUCCGAUCGUCGACGAGGAAUUCAGCUGCAUGGAGUCCAACAACAUCGCCUGGAGCCUUUACCCGUUGCUCCGCUACCCCGGUGGACCGCCACCCGUAUAGAGCGACCACGAUGACCACCCCGCCACCAACGGACCACACGAUCAUACGUGUUCCUUACCACCCCCCCCCCCCACCACCACAAUCACCCACAUCGAUCAAUAUUAGGAUCAUUAUUGUCAUUAUUUUUUUAUUAUUUUUAUCCUUAUUUUUACUAUUAUUAUUAUUAUUGUUGUUGUUGUAAUUACUAUUAUUUCUAAACACACACAUACACACUACCCGAGUUUAAAUCGUUUAUGAUAAUAUUAUUAUAUUAUUGUGUUCGUCGUUUGUAACAUUGUUUGGGGUAUGUACCUCGUACCGCCGUUGUCUCGAUGAACGAAUAGCGAUGACAGUGAUUAACCAAAACCUAUGCCAUUAGAAUAUUAUAUGUCCGUUUCGAAAUGUAUUUUAAACAAACGAGAUAUAUUGUCAUGUAAAACAAACGCUUUAAACAUUUUCCAAGUUCGUCCAUCGAUGAAGUGCUUCGAGUACUUUAUGCAGCGUACCCACCUGCCACCGUCACCGAUUUUUGGUUUUGUUAUUGGUAAUUUAGUGUGACGCGUUCGUCUAUUUUAUAGUAAUUGACAGUAAUUUAAUUGUUAGAAUUUCACUCUAAUCAUCAUGAUAUACGACGUUAAAUCAAAAUUUAAACUAAUUUGAUGUUAUAAAAAUACGAGACUGUCAAAGUGCAGGGUACAAAAAAAAAAUAGUCAUUAAUAAUUAAUAAAAUAUAAUAAAAACCAUGUAUAUUAUUAUUAUACUGUCUGUGUUCAUUGUUGAAAAAAUAUAAAUACAAAUUUAUUGUGAACACGUGUGAUUUGAACGUUUUAAAAUUACUGUCAAUUUAUUAAUGAUAAUUUAUCUUUAUAAAAUAAUAAAUAUAUUUAUAUUGAAACGUAUUGCGUCCAUAAGAAAAAAAAAUCAUUAAUAAUUCGUUUUGUUACAAAUGAUUAAAGCGUUGUCGUUGUUAAGGUUAACUAAAACAUUUAAACCUAUUAUCUAGUACUAUAUCGACUUAAGUUUCGUGCUUAAUAUUAACACUACUAACUCUCAUAUUAUUGUUACUUAUAAAAAUAUUAAAAAUAUAAAGUAUUUUAACUUGUGGUUAAUUUUAAAAUUAUUAUAUGUUUUAUUUUUGAUUUUAGCAUUAUAUACAUAAUAUAUUUGAUAUUGAUUAUACCUAUAAUAUAUAAUAUAUUACUAUGAAAAUUGUAUUUGUUCGUUGAUUUAAAAUGUGUUAUUUUAUAUAAAUAUCAAAUAUAACUAAUAUACAAUACAGUUUUA